AGCAGUUGCUGCAGAAAGCCUGAGCGCCAAUGUCACCGGGCAGUGGGGAUAGGAUGGAUUUGGCACCAAGGUUGGUAAACAUGGCUGUCACGGAUUCACGAAGAUACUGUACACAUCCAAGUUGUCCUGGCUGUCACCCUGUGGCUGCACCCUGACACAAUCACCUGUUCAUCCUCACUCUUUCAACCUCUCGCAUCCUUCUCCUCUCCCCUCCUCCUCACCUCAUGGCCUAUUAAUACUCAGACACAAAAGGCUCCAUUAACGCCCCCGCUCUGAGACAGCAGUGAGCAUGAAUCUGAUAAUACGUGCUUUGGUGAACCUUCGGACACAGCUAUAAGCGAGGGAAAGUGGAAGAUUGACAGAGAAAAUCCCCCAAAAGCAACAGCAUAACAGCUUCAAGCAUCCAGUGACAAUCUGGUCAUAUUGUUCUUUUCUGGCUAGCUUCAGCUGCAGCGUAUUUGGGACAUUUUGGAUAAAACAUGGGCUCUUAGAUCCAAAAAUGUGUUGAGGUGUUGAGCUGAUAAAGAGAAAGAAACUGUGAAUAUUGCUUCUUUAAUAGAAGUGCCUAUACAACACUGAUGCAGUGACAAAACUGAAAGGAUUUAUCUUGAAAAUGAAUCACACACUAGAAGCUAUGGCCUAAGCCCACUCCUCCCUGAGCGUCCCUCGCAGGAUGACUGCUGUCUGCCCGUCCGAGAGCAGCCCAGAUGGAGCUGAAGCUGGGACUGGGACAGCAGGCACCACUGGGAACAGCUCGGUCUCAGGAGCAGGUUCCAGGGAGUCUAACGGAGACUCUGCUGGAGGGUCCACUGUAGGGACAGCUGUGGUUUCUGGCGGACAAAGGUACAGCCGCUGGAGCAGGCAGGAUAGCUCUGACAUCAACACAGAUGAUGAGGGAGCCACUGUUCGUCGCCUAACUCCUCUGGAAAGGCUGAACCUGGAUAUGUGUCAGGAUGAAAGGGUGGUCCGUGAGCUGACAGUGGGCAGAAGAAUUGCUUUCUACAAGAUCCGUGGCGAAAUAGGGUGUGGAAAUUUCUCCCAUGUCAAACUAGGAAUUCAUGCUCUUACAAAAGAUAAAGUGGCCAUUAAGAUCUUAGACAAAACUAAGUUGGAUCAGAAGACUCAGAGGUUGCUUUCAAGAGAGAUCUCCAGCAUGGAAAAACUACACCACCCUAAUAUCAUACGCCUAUAUGAGGUGGUGGAGACGUUGUCACGGCUACACUUGGUGAUGGAGUAUGCAGGUGGAGGGGAGCUCUACACUAAGAUUACUACUGAAGGAAAACUUUCUGACACUGACAGCAAGAUUGUCUUUGCUCAGAUCCUCUCGGCUGUUAAACACAUGCAUGAAAAUAACAUCAUCCAUCGUGACCUAAAGGCAGAAAAUGUCUUCUACACGAGCAGCUCUUGUGUCAAAGUCGGGGACUUUGGAUUUAGCACACUGAGCCGCCGCGAUGAAACGCUCAACACUUUCUGCGGCUCUCCACCUUAUGCGGCUCCAGAACUCUUCCGGGAUGAGCAUUAUGUAGGAGCUUACGUAGAUAUUUGGGCUGUGGGAGUCAUGCUGUUUUUUAUGGUGACCGGCACCAUGCCAUUCAGGGCAGACACUGUGGCCAAACUGAAGAGAUGCAUCAUGGAGGGAGCUUACGUGCUUCCCCCAUGGGUACCCGAGGCAUGCCAGAGGCUCAUCAGGGGGAUUCUCCAGCCAGUCCCAUCGGACCGCUAUACAGUGGAGCAAAUGAUGGGCUGUGAGUGGCUGCUCCCUGUGGAAUUCCCAUGUGCCAUGGAGCCUUGUAAGCUAGAUCCAUCUCACCUUGCUGAGAGCAAACCAGUUGAACUGCUGGAGGAAGAGCUGGAGGUAAAGGCUGCAUUAGAGACUCUAGGAAUCACUUCAGAGCACAUAUUCAACAACCAGGGAAAAGACUGCAGAAGCUCCAUCACUGGGGUCUAUCGGAUCUUGCUACACCGGGCUCAGAAGAAACGGGUGGUUGAGAGGACGCCUGCGGUCACACAGAAAGUCGGGCCAACUACAACAAAUAAAAAGGAGCGACUAAAAGUGUAUCGCAGUUUGCGGCACACAUCUAAACUGUGUGUGGUUCUGUGACAAAAAUGUUAAGUUUUACUAUGGAAAUUCAAUGAUUAUGCAGCCUGG